AUGGACUCCACAUCUUCGUCGAAACUCACCUACAUUCCUGAAGAAAUUGUACGUGAAAUCCUCCUGAGGUUGCCGGCCAAAUCUUUAAUCAUGUGCACUGCGGUGUGUAAGUCAUGGAGUUGCCUGAUCAAAAGAUGUAACUUCAUUGACGCCCAUCUCAGCCGCAAAUUAUCAUUCCAAUCCAACCACCAAAUCGUCAAUGGUUGUCAAGUUCUUCUGCUGGAAAAUCACACCAAGUUUAACUUGUUGUCGUGUUAUGGGGAUAUCCUUUUCCAUAACCCUGAGUUACCUGGUGGUGCUGCUGACUACAUUACCGAGCUUAUGAAUCCGCCAAUUUUGAACGAAGACACUGGUUUCGACAUGGUCCAAACUUGUAACGGGGUUAUAUGCCUUACUUCUGCUAAGAACGAUGACAUGGCUGCGACUGACAUCUUUAUUUGGAACCCUUCAAUUAGAAGGUAUGUGGUGUUGCCUAGGCCUAAUUUUAUUGCAUAUCUAAACAAUUAUAACAUUGUUCGUCACUACUUUGGCUAUGAUUCUCACACCAACGACUAUAAGGUUUUGAGAUGUGUGAGUGAUCUUUCUACCCAAGUUGCGGUUGAGAUUUACUCCUUAGCCAGGGGCUCCUGGAAAACCCUCACCGCGUCAGCUCCUACAUAUUUUGGGUUUGGCACUGCUACAUGGCCUUUCUCUUACUGGGCUGUUGUCAAUGAUGCGCUGCAUUGGGUUCGACCUCGUGUACAAAGAGGGAAGGACCUUGUCAUUGUGUCCUUUGAUAUAAGCACUGAAUUGUUCGGCGAGAUAAUGAUGCCUCAAGGUUUGAGAAAAAUAGAACAUCGAUACGUGGACAGCAACAUCUGGAUUUCAAAACAUAAGGGGUCUGUUGCCUUGCUCGAGUGUAGCAAUAUGUUCACCCAAAGUUCUGACACUCAACUUCACUUGUGGGUCAUGGAAGAGUAUGGUGUAGUGGAAUCCUGGACCAAAUUGUAUACUUAUUCAAUGGCAGAGUAUUUUUUACUCUCUCCUGGUUUUAACAUCAAUCACGAACAUGUGUUUAUGCUUGAUAUCCGUAAAACUCUACCUCCACCUCCACUGAAGAACCUUGGCAAUGGGGAGAGCCAGAAAACUCUUCGAGGGGACAUAAUGGAUUUUUUUGUAGAGAGCCUUGUCUUACUUGGCCACCCCAAUGCCAUUUCCUACUAG